AUGGAUCAACAACCAUACACUGAAGAUGGCUUGAACACCUCCACCUCCACCAUCACCACCACCACCACCACCAAAACCCACUCGAAACACGACUCCAAAGGAGGCGGCACUCGCCAUCCUAACUACCGGGGUGUCCGAAAAAGGCGGUGGGGCAAAUGGGUGUCGGAAAUCAGAGAGCCACGCAAAAAGUCACGCAUUUGGCUAGGCUCAUUUCCCAAGCCUGAAAUGGCCGCUAAAGCCUACGACGUAGCGGCGUUUUGCUUACGAGGACGUAAAGCACAACUAAAUUUUCCCGAUGAUGUGGAAGAUUUACCUAGACCGUCAACUUGUACGGCUAGAGAUAUUCAAGCUGCAGCAGCAAAGGCGGCGCAUUCAGUGGUUUCGUCGAAAAAAAGUCAAGUAUCAUCCAAGGGCGGGGAUGGCCAUGGUGGUGACGAUUUUUGGGGCGAAAUUGAACUGCCAGAAUUGAUGAAUAAUGGCUGCCAAUGGUAUUCUCGUGGUUGGACAUUCGCCGGUGAUUCGUCGUGGCUGGAAGGAGAGGCUCAGCAGCAGCAACAGUUCUUGGCUUGUCUCUGAUGUGUAUGGAUAGUUGCGUUGUUCAACAAAAAAAAAAAAUUCAUAAAUGUUUCACCAACCUCUUCUCUUUGCUCUUUAUGUACUUGUUUUGGCGGUAUACCAUAUGCUUUAAGUUUUGGGUAUGGCAGCCAUUUGGUAGGGUAAGGUGCAAUGUUCCAAAAUAAUUCACCGUUCCUUCAAUCUUUAGCUCAGAUUUUCAGAAUUUUUAUUAUGUUAGAACUUAGAAGAGGAAGAAGCUGAUUACUUUUUUUUUUUUAAUUUCUUCCCCUUAAUUUUCAACUUAAUUAUAAAAGGAUUAAGUGAAUUAAUUGGGUACAUGGAAUUUGGGGGACAUUCUGUAUGUAACUAAGACUAGCCUGUCA